AUGGGUAUUACACCGUCUCUCAUUACACAGGGCAAUAAAAUCCUCUGUUUCACAGAGCCCGAUUUCAGUCUGAAAUUCAUAGACAGUCUGUCAUUACUAACCAUGAAAGUCAGCGCCAUGCAAAAAGCCUUAGGCUUCGAUGACCAUAGACCAUUUCCCCCACCCACUUGUUACACGGAGGCGCUCAUGGAUCCUGCUGAGCGCCAGCGGUUUGACACGUGGUACUGCGAGGCGAGCAAGGGAUCAUUCGACUUCCAGAAAGAAGCUCUUCAUUAUUGUAAGAAUGAUGUUGAGAUUCUUUACAAGGCCUGUAUGAAGUUCAGGGAGGAGUUUUUUUUAAGGAGACACACGUGA